GCAUCAUUUCUUCUCUCUCCUGGUGGUCUCAAACCAAAUCUGUCCUGUAUGGUGCUGUGUGGGUCCUGUUCUGUGUGCACCAGGGAUCCGGGCUCGGGGGUCAUCCCUAUCCAUCUCCAGGAAAUCCAGCUGGAGGAAGGAGGGCGAACUGGGGAGGCGGGGCCCGAUGUCUGGGAGCAGCCCAUAUGGCUGGCAGUCCCCAGCCUCAACCCCGCACAGAUUGAGGGGAUCCGAGCGCUAGCCGGAGUGCACGGGCUCUCUAUCUGCCGAAUGGCCAGCUCUCACUCGGAUCCGGAGUCGGAGCCCGAAUCUGUGUUCCCACGGGAGGUCGGGCUCUUCACCGACUCUUACUCGGAGAGCAGCCGGUUCUGCUUCUGUGGACACGAGCUGAGCAUCACGCAAAACUUUGGGUCCCGCCUUGGGGUGGCCGCACGCGUGUGGGAUGCGGCUCUGAGCCUGUGUAACUAUUUCGAGAGUCAAAACGUGGAUUUUCGAGACAAGAAGGUGAUCGAACUGGGCGCGGGGACAGGCAUCGUGGGAAUCUUGGCGGCGCUGUAGGGGGGGGAUGUUACCAUCACUGAUUUGCCACUGGCCCUAGAGCAAAUCCAGGAUAAUGUCCACGCUAAUGUGCCACCCGGAGGCCGGGCUCAGGUGUGCGCCUUGUCCUGGGGAAUUGACCAGCAUGUCUUUCCUGGAAACUAUGACUUGGUGCUGGGGGCAGAUAUCGUGUACCUGGAACCUACCUUCCCAAUGCUGUUGGGGACCCUCCGUCACCUGUGUGGGCCCCACGGCACCAUCUACCUGGCCUCCAAGAUGAGAGCAGAACACGGGGCAGAGACCUUCUUCCAGCACCUCCUGCCCCAGCACUUCCACCUGGAGCUGGCCCAGAGGGAUGAGGAUGUGAAUGUCAACAUCUAUAGGGCCAGGCACAGGGAACCUGCUGGACAGCACCCGUUCUGUUGACCUAACUCUUGUCUGAGGAAUGGCAUCCCUCCAGAGCCAGGAACAUCAGGACAAAAGAAAAGGAUGGAUUGCCCUUCCUCCUUCCCUCCUCCCUUUGGUUCCCCUAAUUAUUCUUGGGGAGAUGCAGCAGGGUGGGGCUUGUUAAGAAUGGUGGAGCCCCAGAAGCUUUGAGUUUAAAACACAAGGAAAGCGCCCAACACUUGCCUUCAAAGGAGGAAUAAGGAAGGGAAACUGUGAAUAGUCCCUGUAGAGAGAUCACCACUGAUCACCUCUGGGUCUUUAAACAGAAUAGACUUUUUUUUUUUUUUUUUUGGUUCUUUUUUUCGGAGCUGGGGACAGAACCCAGGGCCUUGCGCUUCCUAGGUAAGUGCUCUACCACUGAGCUAAAUCCCCAGCUCCCAGAAUAGACUUUUUAAAAAACCACACUCUUUGACAUUUCUUAAGGAAAAAAAAUGAGCAUGAAUCAUCUCUUCUGUAUCCCCAAACAUGUAGUUAUUGACAGAAAGUUGGGUGCUGUGCCUCAGAACACCUGUUUCUUGCCUGCUGAAAUUAGAUUCUUGAUAGGAUGAGUCUUCCUUGAUCUGAGCCCCCGGAGGAGAGUCAGAGAUGUCCCCUGGACUGUAGUUUCUUCGUCCUUUGCAAAGCUCAAGACCUUGAUCACCCGCAUUUUGUACCAAAUUCUGGACUGGGUUCUAGGUUCUUCUGAUCUCUAGCUCUUCCUUCUUGUUUUGCCUUUGGUUCUCUCUCCCUCUGGAGUAGUCUGGCUCUUUUUUUUUUUUUCUUCUUUUUACUUAGCCUUUCAGCACACAACCAUCUUUGGUGUGUCUGCCACUCUUCUCUUAACCUUGACGUCAUGCCUCAAACCCUUGCCAUUUCCAAAAACUGCUCUAGUUAGCUUCUACUGCAAGAACAAACGUCUUUGCUUGGUACUCAGGCCACACACUGUCUGCUCCUAAAGGACUCAAUUCCUACUCUGUUUCUCUUGCACUUUUAGCCAAAUUGCAAAAGGCUUACGCUUUGUUCCCUAACCCUAUGCAGGCAUUCCCUGACUUCUCCACUUUCCAGAUGAUUCCCUUCCAAGAACGAUCAUUUCUCUCUGUCUAAACUCAAGUUUUGCUUCUGGAAAAUAACACCCAAACCAAAAAUCUUCCUUUUCCUGAGCUUUCUGCUUGGAUGUGGUUUCUUUGUCUGGAGAUCUUUUAACUGUUUAAGGACCUUUUAUUGCCUUACCUGAUUGUUUUUUCCUCAGACCAAUAGAUCCAUUGGAGGGCAGAGCUAUGAUUUAUUCAUCACUGAUCCCCUGAAACUGGCAACAGCUCUGGGCACACAUGUGUUCAGCAGAUAUUUUGUUAAUUCAGCAAUUAUUUAUUGGGUUUGUUGAAGGGACUCUGCUUCUCCAGGUGACCUUGGGCAAUUUCCUGAGCCCACCUACCUACCUGCGGUUUGUCCUGUGUCAUAAACGGAUAUUGAAAGUACAUUGGAAAUAAAGAAACAAAGUAUCACCUA